AUGACAACGAAGCUUGACAAUAUUAUUGUAGUUGGUGCUGGACCAAGCGGCCUGUUACUGGCUUUGAUGCUGGGGCAACAUGGUAUCAAGGUCGAUGUUGUAGAGGCUCUGGAUGGCCUCGACAAAAGACCUCGUGGUGUGGCCUAUGGGCCAGCCGCAGCUGUAGUGUUACAUCGUGCCAAGAUCCUGGGCAAAAUACGAGAAGUCGGGCUAACCCCUGAGUCUCUUACAUGGCGCAAGCUUGAUGGAACAAUCAUCAAUAGCCUAGCAGGCCUCCAGAGCGGAGGAGAGGAAAGCGCUACCGUGAUUCAUCCAGCUGAAGACCUUGCAGGAGUUUUUCUAGAGGAAGUCUACAAGCAGCCCAGCGUCACGGUGCACUGGGGCCAUAAAGUGGUUUCUGCUGGCCAAAGUGAAGCGAGAGCCUGGGUUGAUAUUGAAGGUGGUAAAAAGCUUGAAGGCGACUUUGUUGUGGGCUGCGACGGAGCGUCCAGUGUUGUUCGAAAGUCGCUGUUUGGCAACAAAUUUGAUGGGAAAACGUGGGACAAGAUCAUCAUGGGCACUAAUCUACGAUAUGACUUUAAAAGGUAUGGCUGGGAAGAUACAUUGUGGGKAAUCCAUCCGGAUCAUUUUGCUGUUAUCUGCCAAAUCACGCAAGACGGAGUAUGGCGCGUGUCCUACGGGGAAAACCCAGGUCUUUCCCGGGAAGAACUCCAAGCCAACAUGCCUGAGAAAUUGCGGCAGAUCCUUCCUGGAAACCCUUCGCCUGAUGAAUACCAAAUUCUCGCAUUCAACCCAUACGUGAUGCAUCAGAGAUGCGCAGAGCGUAUGAGAGUUGGUCGUAUUCUGCUGGCCGCUGAUGCUGCACAUCUCAAUAAUCCAAUGGGUGGUCUUGGCUUGACGACUGGAAUCGCCGAUAUUGGGAGUCUCGUCGACUGCUUUUACGGAAUCUAUGAUGGAAAAGCAAGCUUAGACAUUCUCGAUAAAUACGAUGAAGCCCGACGAAAUGUGUUUCAUACAGUCACGGAUGUGAUCUCCACUGCGAACUUGAAUCGAGUUCGAAGUGAUGCGGAUUCACUACUCAAUGGUGGUGAUCCUUUCUUUGCCCUUCUUGACGCAGCAAAGAAGGAUCCAAGUUUGUUCCAAAAGUUUGCCGAAGUCAGCUCUCCCAGCUCGUAUGCAAUUCACUAA